GACCCGUUAAUUCCGCGUUCCCGACGCUGGGGAUGUUGUCUCCUGCUCGUUCCAUGGAGGCGUGCACGGCUUUGCCUAAGCCAUCCUAGCCUCUUUCCUCCACCCUUCCCCGGCGAAGGGUGCCCUGUAAACGUCCGCCAUCGAUGACGCAUUGACCGGACGGAGUCACUCCCCCUCCCCCCUUCCCUUUUUUUUUCCCUCCAUCGGACCUGUCGUCGAAGCAGCGCGGCCGAGCUGGGGGGCAAUCCGGGGAAAGGGAGCCGCGGCGCCGCGCACCGGCCGCCGGAUACCCCUCCGCGACGCGCCACCAACAACAUGCUAACCCGGGUCAAGUCCGCCGUGGCCGGCUUCAUGGGCGGGAUCAUGGCCGGGGGCAGCUCCGCCGGAGGCGGCAACCCCGGCUCGGACCUGCCGCUGAAAUUCCCGUAUAUGAGGCCGGAGUUCUUGGGACUAUCCCCGGAUGAGAUCGAGUGCUCCGCAGAUCACAUGGCCCGGCCCAUCCUCAUCCUGAAGGAGACCAGGAGAUUACCGUGGGCCACCGGAUAUGCUGAAGUGAUUAACGCCGGAAAGAGCGCUCUGAACGAGGACCAGGCGUGCUGCGAGGUGGUGGUGGUCAGGAGGAGACCCAUGAGCUACUGUCCCCCGUCCACCCCAAGCAGGACCCCGACCGCCAAGAGACGCAACUCCCUGCCCAAUGGGGAGGGACCUGGGCUGCGCUUGGAGCACGGCAAGCUGGGAGAGGACAACGAGGGACUCGUGUUCCACUACUGGGCCUUGUUUGACGGCCACGCUGGUUCAGGCGCCGCCGUGGUGGCCUCCCGCCUCCUCCAGCACCACAUCGCCUGCCAGCUGCAGGCCGUCAUCGAGAUCCUGCACAACCUGGCCUCUCUGCCGCCCACCAUCCUGGGGGAGGAGCCAGACGGCAACCCCUUCUUGCAGCAGGGCAACACGCCGGGCCCGAACCGCGCUCUGACGCGGGCGGCCUCGCUACGGGGCGCGGCGGGUAGUCCGGCUUCGCCGAGCAGCACGCCUCCCCCUCCUCGGUUCUUCACCGAGAAGAAGAUCCAGCAUGAGAGCUUGGUGAUUGGAGCUAUAGAGAAUGCCUUUAAAGAGAUGGAUGCUCAGAUUGAGAAGGAGAAGCAAGGCUACAACAUCUCAGGGGGAUGCACGGCUCUCACUGUGGUCUACCUGCUGGGGAAACUCUAUGUCGGCAACGCAGGCGACAGCAGGGCCAUUAUCAUUAGAAACAAUGACAUUGUUCCCAUGUCAGCAGAAUUCACGCCAGAAUCAGAGCGACAGCGGCUACAAUUCUUGGGUUUCAUGCAGCCCCACCUGCUCGGAAACGAGUUCACGCACCUGGAAUUCCCACGGCGGGUCCAGAGGAAAGAGGUGGGGAAGAGGAUGCUCUACAGAGACUUUACUAUGAACGGAUGGGCAUACAAGACCGUUGAAGAUGAAGACCUCAAGUUCCCGCUGAUAUACGGCGAGGGGAAAAAGGCUCGGGUGUUGGCGACCAUCGGUGUGACCCGAGGGCUCGGCGACCACGACCUCAAAGUUCACGACUCCAACAUCUACAUCAAACCCUUCCUGUCCUGCCUUCCGGAGGUGAAGGUGUACAACCUGACGCAGUACGAGCACGGCGCCGACGACGUCUUGGUGAUGGGCACUGAUGGCCUGUGGGACGUCCUGUCCAACCAGGAAGUGGCCGAAGCCGUGUCCACCUUUCUCUCCAACUGUGACCCCGAUGAUCUGCACAGGUACACCAUGGCCGCACAGGACUUGGUGAUGCGAGCUCGCGGGGUCCUGAGAGACCGAGGCUGGCGCAUCAGCAACGAGCGCCUGGGCUCCGGGGACGACAUCUCCGUCUUCAUCAUACCGCUGAUGUACGGUAACCGUCAGCCCUGAGGAUCCAAGCCCGCAGCUAAAGAGAAAAAAAAAAAAAAAAAAAAAAAAAAAAAACCCACCCACCACCCAAAAAACUUCUAUUUUUUUUUUUUUUUUGUUCUUGUUGGGAGUGGUCUGCCGGAAAAGGAGGGGCUUCCUGUCAUCACCUCUUUGUUUUUCUUCAUCCAAUUACUGUAGACAACUGCGCGACAUUGACUCACUCUCGCCUCUUGUGGAAGUAGAUGGUAUUACUGAUUAAUUUUGAUUGAUUGAUACUUUUAUUAGUAGAUUGCACAGUACAGUACAUAUUCCGUACAAUUGACCACUAAAUGGUAACACCCGAAUAAAUUUUUCAACUUAUUUAAGUCCACGUUAAUCAAGAAAGGCUUUAUAGCAGGGGUCACCAACACACCAAGUCGCCCGUAAGGACCAGAUGAGUCGCCCGCUGGCCUGUUCUAAAAAUAGCUCAAAUAGCAGCACUUACCAGUGAGCUGCCUCUAUUUUUUAAAUGUUAUUUAUUUACUAGCAAGCUGGUCUCGCUUUGCCCGACAUUUUUAAUUCUAAGAGAGACAAAACUCAAAUAGAAUUUGAAAAUCCAAGAAAAUGUUUGAAAGACUUGGUCUUCACUUGUUUAAAUAAAUUCAUUUAUUUUUUUUACUUUGCUUCUUAUAACUUUCAGAAAGACAAUUUUGGAGAAAAAAUACAACCUUAAAAAUGAUUUUAAGAUUUUUAAAUACAUAUACCUUUUUACCUUUUAAAUUACUUCCUCUUCUUUCCUGACAAUUUAAAUUUAAGUAUUUUUUUUUAUUGUAAAGAAUAAUACAUCAAUUUUAAUUUAAUUCUUCAUUUUAGCUUCUGUUUUUUCGACGAAGAAUAUUUGUGAAGUAUUUCUUCAAAUUUAUUAGGAUUAAAAUUCUAAAAAAUAUUCUGGCAAAUCUAGAAAAUCUGUAGAAUUAAAAAAAAAUCUUAUUUCAAAGUCUUUUGAAUAUCUUUUAACAUUUUUGUUCUGGAAAAUCUAGAAGAAAUAAUGAUUUGUCUUUGUUAGAACUAUAGUUUGGUCCAAUUUGUUAUAUAUUCUAACAAAGUGCAGAUUGGAUUUUAACCUAUUUAAAACAUGUCAUCAAAAUUCUAAAAUUAAUCUUAAUCAGGAAAAAUUACUAAUGAUGUUCCAUAAAUUAUCCUUUUUAAUUUUUUUAAAAAGAUUCAAAUUAGCUAGUUUUUCUCUUCUUUUUUUCGGUUGAAUUUAGAAUUUUAGAGAGUCGAAAUUGAAGAUAAACUAUCUUUCAAAAUGUAAUUUAAAUUUUUUUUCGUGAUUUCUCCUCUUUUAGACCGUUCAAUUAAGUGUUUUUCUCAUCUUUUAUUCUCUACAAAAAACCUUCCGUAAAAGGAAAAAAAUGUAUGACGGGAUGACGGACAGAAAUACCCAUUUUUUUAUAUAUAUAUAUAUAGAUUUAUUUAUUAAAGGUAAAUUGAGCAAAUUGGCUAUUUCUGGCAAUUCAUUUAAGUGUGUAUCAAACUGGUAGCCCUUCGCAUUAAUCAGUACCCAAGAAGUAGCUCUUGGUUUCAAAAAGGUUGGUGACCCCUGCUUUAUGGGCUACUAUUCAUCAAUCAGGCUAGGAAAAACUUCAUUCGAUGACCAAGUGCCAGGAUUCUUUCACAAAAUAAAAGUUAAAUAUAAUAGAAGAGGAACUCGCUAAAUAAAACAUGAUGCUAAAUUUGAAAUGUAAACAUCCAUCCAUCCAUUUCCUACCGCUGGUCUCUUUUGGGGUCGUUGGAGCCUAUCUCAGUUGCAUUCAGGCAACCAACCUGGGGUUGGUUUGCACUUGGACUAGGGGUGUUUUUUAGCAUUUAUCGGCCGAUAAAUGCUAUAAAAUGUAAUAUCGGUAUCGGUAUCAAAAUUAUCAGUAUCGGUUUCAAAAAGUAAAAUUGACGACUUUUUAAAACGUCGCUGUGUACACAGACGUAGGGAGAAGUACAGGUCGCCAAUAAACCUUAAAGGCACUGCGGCAUAGCUCGGUUGGUAGUGUGGCCGUGCCAGCAACUUUAGAGUUCCAGGUUCGAUUCCCGCUUCCGACAUCCUAGUCGCUGCCGUUGUGUCCUUGGGCAAGACAAUUUACCCACCUGCUCCCAGUGCCACCCACACUGCUUUAAAUGUAACUUAGAUAUUGGGUUUCACUAUGUAAAGCGCUUUGAGUCACUCGAGAAAAGCGCUAUAUAAAAAUAAUUCACUUCACUUUGCGUGCCGGCCCAGUCACAUAAUAUAUACAGUGAGUGAAUGCAAGCCAUACUUGGUCAACAGCCAUGCAGGUCACACUGAGGGUGGCCGCUUAAACAACUUAAACACCGUUACAAAUAUGCGCCACAUUGUGAACCCACACCAAACAAGAAUGACAAACACAUUUCGGGAGAACAGCCGCACCGUAACGCAACAGAACAAAUACCCAGAACCCCUUGCAACACUUACAAUAUACACCCCCGCUACCUCCUACCCCGCCCACCUCAACACCUUUUCACGUCGGGCGGUAUAGCUCGGUUGGGAGAGUGGCCGUGCCAGCAACUUGAGGGUUGCAGGUUCAAUUCCCGCUUCCGCCAUCCUAGUCACUGCCGUUGUGUCCUUGGGCAAGACACUUUACCCACCUGCUCCCAGUGCCACCCACACUGCUUUAAAUAUAACUUAGAUAUUGGGUUUCACUAUGUAAAGCGCUUUGAGUCACUCGAGAAAAGCGCUAUAUAAAAAUAAUUCACUUCACUUUGCGUGCCGGCCCAGUCACAUAAUAUAUAGUGAGUGAAUGCAAUCCAUACUUGGUCAACAGCCAUGCAGGUCACACUGAGGGUGGCCGCUUAAACAACUUAAACACUGUUACAAAUAUGCGCCACAUUGUGAACCCACACCAAACAAGAAUGACAAACACAUUUCGGGAGAACAGCCGCACCGUAACGCAACAGAACAAAUACCCAGAACCGCUUGCAACACUUACAAUAUACACCCCCGCUACCUCCUACCCCGCCCACCUCAACACCUUUUCACGUCGGGCGGUAUAGCUCGGUUGGGAGAGUGGCCGUGCCAGCAACUUGAGGGUUGCAGGUUCAAUUCCCGCUUCCGCCAUCCUAGUCACUGCCGUUGUGUCCUUGGGCAAGACACUUUACCCACCUGCUCCCAGUGCCACCCACACUGCUUUAAAUAUAACUUAAGAUAUUGGGUUUCACUAUGUAAAGCGCUUUGAGUCACUCGAGAAAAGCGCUAUAUAAAAAUAAUUCACUUCACUUUGCGUGCCGGCCCAGUCACAUAAUAUAUACAGUGAGUGAAUGCAACCCAUACUUGGUCAACAGCCAUACAGGUCACACUGAGGGUGGCCGUAUAAACAACUUAAACACCGUUACAAAUAUGCGCCACAUUGUGAACCCACACCAAACAAGAAUGACAAACACAUUUCGGGAGAACAGCCGCACCGUAACACAACAGAACAAAUACCCAGAACCCCUUGCAACACUUACUACAAUAUACAUCCCCGCCCACCUCAACACCUUUUAAUGCUCUCUCAGGGAGAGCAUGUCCAAAUUCCAAGCUGCUGUUUUGAGUCAUGUUAAAAAGAAAUGAAUGCACUUUGUGACUUCAAUAAGAAAUAUGGCAGCGCCAUGUUGGCAUUUUUUUUCAUAACUUGAGUUGAUUUAUUUUUGGAAAACCUUGUUACGUUGUUUAAUGCAUCACAACAAAAAUUAGGCAUAAUAACGUGUUAAUUCCCCGACCGUAUAUAUCGUUAUCGGUUGAUAUCGGAAUCGGUAAUUAAGAGAUGGACAAUAUCGGAAUAUCGGUUUAAAAAAAGCCAUUAUCGGACAUCUAACUUGGACAUGAUUGCACUUUAUUUGGACCCACAAAAAAAGUUGCGCAUGCAUUGAUUUAUUGUGGGAAACAUUUUUUUUUCCGCCCCACUUUAUGUAACUUAUCGUACGGCUCGUGUCCUCGUUAUUGUUUUUAUUUAGAUGUGAUUCCCAGGCUCCCGUUCCCGUUCACGGCGCUAUAUCCGAAAUGUUGACGAUGAUGGUUGAACGGCGGCAUGAAAGUAAAAAAAAAAAAAAAAAAAAGGAUGAUGAGGACGGGUCAUUUCAAGCAUGUGCCAAGGCUGUCAAUCAUGGCAGCCGAGUGUUUAGUUUGUCAUGUGUACAGUACAUGCUGUCUCUGCCUGUCUUCCUCUACAUUCCAUCAAGUGUUUCCACUAGGAUUAUACAUCAUUAUUUAUUGAGAGCUUUGUUAUGCUAUCUCGUAAUGUGAAUUUUUAAAAACCGCAGCUUCUCGGGCUUGUGUUGAAUGUUCAUCCUAUACUUAAGUGUCAUUCAGACUUUUUUUUUUGCUCUUUUAGAUGAAUGUAAUUUCUUUCUCUCACCCAGGACGGAUCCGUUGAAGUUGCUGUCAUUGAAAUGAACACAAAAAUAUAUAUAUAUAGCUGUGCUUUAUUAUUAUUUUUUUUAAAUUCUACUUCCUGUGUAGCUUCAUUUUAGGAAAUCAGCUGCAAGGGGAUGGAGGCGACCGCGUGACCUUCCUGCUUUGUGAAUGUCUACCUUUUGUAUAACUUAAAGGUUCCUACAGAAGUACGAAAAAAUAUUUUAAUGUCUCCUUGUGCAUCGCUACUGUUUGGAGGGGCGGGGAUUUAAAAGAAAAGAAAAAGUGGAAAAAAAUAAAUGGGAGAAAUGUU